AUGUUGCUCUCUGCUAUGAGACUGGCCUUCUCUGUUCUUUUUUCUUUCCUUUUAUGCUUUGGUAUCGUAUCAGCACGCCCUAUUGCUGCUGGGUCGACUUUUCUUUCCAUUCCACUUGUGUCCCCCAGCCGAAACGUAUCGCAUGAUGCUGCAGACUACGUACAUGGUUCAAUCACCCAGCAACAACACAUCAACCGUGCCCUCAAACGCUUUGCUUUGACGACAGGUCGUGAGCCUCCUUCGGAAGACGAGCUUGUGUCAAACAUAUACGAAAGAAUUACACGGCUUCCCGCACGUCAUUUAAAACGAUAUGACAUCCAAAAAAUUACUCAGACAAUGGAUGAUCGUUACUCUUGUGAACACCCACAAUCAUUCGGCACUCACCCUCGUGCUCAUGAACGUAGAUCUGACGACACCGCUUCCAACACCAACUCAACCUUAGGAGGUCCUUCCAUCCGUAAUAUCGGAUUAAGCAUUGAAUCCUAUGACUAUGGGUAUAUGGCCACAGUCAAGAUGGGAUCCCCUGGAAGAAACUUCAAUCUUUUAAUCGACUCUGGUUCAGCUGACCUUUGGGUGGGGUCCGAAGGCUGCAUGGGCGACGACGGUGGAAGCUGCGGAAACCACACUUUUCUAGGCGCCCGUUCGAGUACGACCUUCAAUGAGUCCAAGGAAGAUUGGGCCAUUGGUUAUGUUUCUGGCUCAGUGUCCGGAUACCUCGUCCAGGACGACGUUACUAUCGGCGGACUCAAGCUCAAAGCGCAUACCUUUGGUGUCGCAAUAAACGAGAGUAUCGAUUUCACGUCAGACGCUAUCCCCUUUGAUGGAUUACUUGGACUGGGAAAAGAGGCGAUCUCCCAACAAAGAGUCCCGACGCUCCUGCAAUCUCUGUACCAAGCAACACUUAUACCCGCUCCCAUUGUCUCCUAUAAACUACCUCGCCUCGCCGAUGGCUACAAUGACGGCGAGAUGACGCUCGGAGGCAUGGAUCCCAAGCACUUCAAUCGCAAGACGCUGGUGACCAAGAAAAAUAUUAAUAAAUUUGGAUUUUGGGGAGUCAACGUCGACGCGGUCCAGGUCGGCACUCAAAACAUGAAUUGGUCUAACAGGACUAUUGUUCUCGAUACCGGAACUACGCUUAUGGUUGCACCUCAACAUGAUGUAGACGCUAUUCACUCGAAGAUCCCAGGGGCGCGCUUUGAUGGCAGCGGGUGGAUUGUCCCAUGCAACAUGACCACAUCGAUAGCUCUCACAAUUGGGGGCCAAAAAUUCCCGAUGGAUCCUCGCGACAUUGCUUUUUAUCCUGUGGAAUACGAAUCUCCAGAAUGCAUGUCGGGCAUCGCGGCUGGCGGGGUUGGUCCAUUUUAUUUGGAUAAUGAGUGGCUGGUCGGGGACGUCUUCCUGAAGAGCGUAUAUUUUAGCACGGACGAGAAUCAGGACACGAUUUCUAUCGCGAGGCCCAUAGCUUGA